AUGGAGAAACCAGAAUCUGAGGAGAAUCAGUACAUAAUGAAGUACAUCAUGCGAGUGCUUGGAGUUUCUAAAAUUUCUCGCGAGGUUGCUUUACAUUGCAUAACUGGCCUGGCUAAUGUCCUGAACAGAGUCUGCCAAAAUCCAAAAAAUCCAAUUUUCAACCACUAUCUCUUUGAAUCAGUGGUUGUUCUUGUCAGGCGGGCUUGUGAAAAGGAUCCAUCUUUUGUGCCUGGUUUUGAAGGAAGCCCAGAUGAUAUUGGAGAGAGAUNUGCCGCUAUGGCGGAUCUGCUCGCCAAGCACCACUCAAUCUACUUCCAUGUACUCUUGGACUACUAUGGUGCAAAUAAGCUCCACCAACUCACCAAUGACACUGCAGUUGCUGCCACUAUGUUCCAAGCCACCAGGUUCGUCAAUAUCGCAGAUCUAAAAGGCGGAAAGGUCAGAUUCAGCCCUCAUGACAAUGGAGGAGGACUCCCUGCAACUUUCGUCAAGGCCGUUGAAGAGAUUCCUUACAACAUUUCCAUCAUUCAUAUCAAUAGUGUACUGCCAUCGGCGGUAGCUAAAGCGCCGGCCCUGAGCCAAGCAAGGCAAACAUCACUAAGCUAA